AUAUGAGCUGAGUCGUCCGCCUAGUUCGCUUAAGGCGUUCCUUGUUUUCCCUCCACUUCCCUCUCCUUUCCAGCCAAAUCGUGUUUGAGCUUGCAUUCCCUUUCUUCUUCCUCUUCUUGGUCUUCCUGUUUGUUAGCAGCAGGUGAAGAGAAGUGAGGUCGGAAACAGAGAGAUGGAAAGUGUCUGCGUUGAUCUGUUCCUGGGGUUCGGCCUCAACGCUGCUCCGCACAGUGGAUCCGAAGAGAAGAUGGCAGGUCGUGAAGGAUUCAAUCAGCCACAGUUCACUUCCAUGGGGUUGCAGCCACCCACAUCGGCCAGUAGCCAAGAGGAAAGGAAACUGGAGGAUGAGUUGAGGAGGAUCAGCCAGGAGAACGAGAAGCUGAGCCGGAUGCUUGGGGAGAUGUGCCAGAGCUACAACGCCCUCCAGGCCCAGAUGACCACUCUGAUCAACAGCACCGGCGGCGGCGGAUGCAGCGGUGGCAGAAGGGACGAAGGGGCCACGGCCUCGAGGAAAAGGAAGGAGGAAGAGCAGAGCUCCUCCAGUGACGAGGGGUCGAUAAGCAAGAGGGCGAGGGAAGAAUUUUCGUCGGCCUCGGCUGCCACCAACCUCAUCACGCGAGUCCACUUCAAGACUGACCCUUCCGACGCCAGCCUGAUAGUGAAGGACGGGUACCAAUGGAGGAAAUACGGGCAGAAAGUGACGAAGGACAACCCUUCUCCUAGGGCCUACUUUAGAUGUGCCUUUGCUCCCGGAUGCCCUGUGAAGAAGAAGGUUCAGAGAAGCGCGGAAGACAGGUCCAUCUUGGUGGCGACGUACGAGGGCCAGCAUAACCACGCCCAGCCAUCGGCCGACGCUGCACCACCAACUUGCUCCGCCACCUCACGGUCUACCAUCGAUGGUUCGAUUCCUACCUCCGUCUCCGUGGAAGCGCCGCGGCCCACCUUCAUGCUCGAUUCGACAUGUCCAGGAUCCAAAAGGGAGGAGGCGCCCUUGCUAGGCGGCGGGGAUCUGCAGAAAGCGGUGGCGGAGCAUGUGGCGGUAUCUCUGGCCAACGACCCGACGUUUGCAGCGGCCUUGGCGUCGGCCUUCCUUUCUUCCCAAACUAAUCGGUGCCAUUAGGCUUUGAAGGACAGAAAAGCACCGUGGCUGUUGCCGAGAGGGUUAAGAGCUUAAGAGGCAACACGCGCCUUUCAAUCGUUGCAAAUUGUAAUUGGCGGCAAGUGAAAUUUGUACAAGCUUCAUUCUUAUGAAAUUUACCAUUUUUAAGUUUCUUUCCACUCCUUAAGCUUUCGUUAAAAAUAUUUUAAGGUACUUAAUUUCUUGUUAAUAGAUAUUUUAAGCAAAAAAAUAUACAUGUCAAUAUGUUUAUAAACUCUCAUUUAACACAAACGUUAUUAUUUUAUAAAAAGAUUACUUUUUCUGUUAUCAAUUUUUUGGUGUUAGAAGGGUCAUUAUUCUUUUUAAAAUACUAGAAUAUCUGAAAUAUGUUUAAAAAAAAAAUUGUAAUUAAAUGCAGUAUGAAUCUGAGAAUUUCAGCUUCUCUUAUGUGUAUAUAUAUGACUGCCUUUUAAGAGUCAUUCACGCAUCUAAUCAAAGCCGUCAAAACCAACAUAAUGAACUGUUAAAGAAAAAAAUACUGAAAAAAAACGUCAUGACCAUUUUCAUUAUAUAGUAUCAGUUCAUUUUUUUUAUUGUUUUUCUUUUAUCUAUCCAUUUAGUUAUGGAUAAUUCUAUGUAGCGGAAGUCAUCAUUUCUA